AUGGCAGCCUCUUACCAUGCUCGAUCGAACAACUUGCCCUUAAGGCAACACCCCAUCGUUUCACAAAUCGACGAGACCUUGAACCGAUUGAGGGCAUCUCAAUCAGCCUCUACAUCAUCAUCGAUAGGCCACAAUCUAAGUGGUCUUCAGGAUUUGCAUAAAUGUGUUGAUGUAUUGCUUCAAUUUCCCCUCACCCAACAAGCUCUCGCCCAAGAGAAGCAAAGGGAAAUGGUUGAAGAGCUUUUGGAUGGAUCUCUCAUGCUCUUGGAUGUAUGUACCACUGCUAAGGAUGCCUUGUUGCAGACAAAGGAAUGCACACAAGAGCUUCAAUCAAUUUUUGCAAAAGAUGUGGAGCCGAAGGGCUUGCUAAUGAGUUUAGGAAAUACUUGA